AUGGCAGCUCCCAGGAUCAAUCUAUAUCUGGACGUCGUCAGCCCCUUCGCGUACAUCGCCUACUAUGUGACAAGACACUCCCCCGUCUUCGCAAAAUGUGAAAUUAGCUAUACCCCGGUUUUUCUCGGUGGAAUCUUGAAAGCAUGCAACAAUGUUUCCCCCCUAUUCAUCAAGAACAAAAGUAAAUGGAUAAACAAAGAGCGCACGCGCUGGGCAAAGACCCUCAAUGUCCCGAUAUACUCUACCACCCCUGAAGGGUUCCCUAUUUCGACAAUGAAUGUUCAACGAGCUCUCUGCACCAUCCCUACAAAGAGUUUGCCUGUCUGUUUCGAUGCUUUAUACCAAGAGUUCUGGGUCGCAGGCAACCCAAAGAUCAGCGAUCCGGACACAUUCCGCCCCAUUCUGGAAUCUGCCGUGGGCAAAGAGAUGGCUGCAAAUGCGGUGGCACAGUCCACCACCCAAGCAAUCAAAGAUCGUCUAACCGCCAAUGGCGAUAAGGCGGUGGAAAUCGGCGCCUUCGGCGUGCCUUGGUUCGAAUGUACCAAUGGCAGCGGCGAGACGGAAUGCUUCUGGGGAGUCGACCAUAUGGGGCAGAUGGCCGCGUUUUUGGGCUUGGAUGUCACUGCUGACAAGGGGUUUAGAGCGAUGAUGUGA